UAGCCACGCAUAUUGACCUACCGGAAGCAGAACCGUUUGCUAGCAACAUAUCAACAUCCGUGUGAUUUUCUGCGUAGAUUUGGAUUCCAUUUUUCGAAAACCCACGUUAUGCCUGUGUUUUCCUCAGUAAUUGAUGUAGAUUUCAACGUACUCAUGUAGUCGUAUCGACGGUAACCAUAUCUUCCUUUGUGUUGUUCUAUUUUGCGGCAUUUUGAUCGAUUUUCACAAUGGCCAAAGCUCAGACAGCAAUCAGCAGUGUCAUGGCCAUGCUCCAGGAAUGGGACAAAGGUUCCACCUCGGUUCGUCUCAGGAUCCUGAAUGACUUCAUACACACCAGCAAGAACAAGACUGGGCCCGAGCUGGAAGCAGAUUUCGCCCAGGCAGCCAGCUUAUUCCUGGCUCGGCUUACUGCUUGGAUAAGACUGACCUACAUGGUGGGAACAUGUCUCAGCCAGCAGCUACAAGCACUGACGAUAUUUCUCUCUGCUUCAAGCGGGCACAAGUUUUUGGCAGAGUUCCUCGAGGUGGGCGGGGUUCUGACUGUCUUGGAGAUACUAGGCUUGAAGCAAGCCAAGGAAGAGGAUAAGACGCAGGCCUUGUAUCUGCUCAUGUGCAUCGCUAAUGCUGGGCGCAAGUACAAGGAACUCAUCUGUGAGAGUUACGGUAUCCGAGCCGUGGCUGAGUGCUUGGCCCGGUCCAAGUCAGAAGAAACCCAAGAGUGUGCCCGUCACACGCUACAGACUCUGGCCCAGGGCAACCCCAAGUUUGAGAGCCAGGUCUACAAGGGACUGAUAGCCCUGUUGCCAUCCAGCUCACCCAAAGCUCAGCAGAUGGCCGCCCAGACGUUACGCAUUGUACAGAAAAUUGUACGUCAGGCGAAUCCAAACAUAGUUGAGCCAUUGGUGGAACUGCUGAAGUCUUAUCAUCUUGAGGUUCAGUUUGAAGCAAUCGAACUGAUCAAAGACCUGAUGUCCUAUGAUGUUCAGGAGCAGUUGCUCGUUAGCCUUGUCGCAGCCUUGGUUCCGGUGAAGGACAAACACAUGAAGAGACCAGAGAUCUUAGAUGAUCCGAACAUCCCUGAGCUGAAGCGCCCCCUACCGGUGUACGUCCAGCAGGCCGCGGCUGCAAAAGUCAUCGGCAUUCUGGUCCGCGAAAUGCGAGACAUUGCCGAGAAGCUCAUCCAGAAGCGAUGCGUGCAUAAUCUGAUGGUCGCCAUGGGCAACGAGGACCAUGCCGAUAGCCAACGGCAAGCCAGUAUCACGCUAGAAUAUUUGGCCAGCACUUUUCCGAUUGUUGAUGAGAAUAUCAGGGAGGCCAUGGGUGACAUACUCUAUCAGCUGUGCAUGUCCAACCCGGAGAUGCUGUACAUGAACAUGAAUGCUGUCCAGGCAGAUGUUCUCCGCUCCAAUAAGGUCAACAUCCCAGGAAUUGUGGAGGGAAUGGAAUGACACCGCUUCAGUCUUGCUACGCUUUGUCAAAAUGUCAACACCAGCAAGCAUAAGUACUUCUUUUUCCCCAUUGUAAAUUUGUGUAAAUAACAACUUUCAUAGUGGCUUAUGUACAUACUUUUGUAACUUAUAUUUUCAAUUUUAAACGCCGGCAUUUAUUCUACCACAUUCCACGUAGAACUGCAUCCCAGUAAUUUAUUUUUUUGUAAACGCCAGCCAUUAAUGCACCAAAUUGGAACAACAAAAUAUAAAAAAUGUGCAUCAACACGAUGGAUAAUACUAGUAAUGUGUAUUUAUUGAAAAAUUUGGUACACAUUUCUGCUUUAAGAAGACCACCGUACCCUAGGACAAAGUUCUAGUUCUAACUUUAGUUAGGCUAUUUUUGUGGCCUUUUUUUCUCUCUAUACAGUAUCCAGUUUAAAUGAAGUUUUGUAAAACUCUUGUUCUGAUAUGUGGUUGGUCCUGUGAAAAAAAAAUGUGAUAUUUUACGUGUAGUAACUUUCACACAGUUAUGAACAUAAUUGUAUUCAUUAAAAGGUUUGAAAUUUACAAAUAUUUGUCUUUUGUAACUUGACAGUGGCUUCCCUCCAAUAUACUUCUUUUGGGGAGGGGUGCUUUUUUUUUGGGGGGGGGGAUUUGUUGGUACUAUUUUGGGUCAUAUUUGAUUGGUCAAAAUUUCACUUUUCUUGGAAAUAACAGCACACCAGGUGCCAUGAUGGCACAGGAUGCUAAUUGAGACUCUCAUUGACUUACAGUAAAGGUAUUUCACGUUAUUUUGGUA